AUGCACUUCGCCCUCCCUCCACGCAAAUCCUCCAACCCGCCGCCGUACCGGCCGCGCUCGUCGCGGGGCGGAAUCCUACAAUUUAUCCCGGGCCGGCUGCGACGAGUCCGACCGCGGGCGAUGGUCCUGGCGGGGGUACUCUUCCUUAUAACACUGUUCUACCUACUUUCUGGAUCAGGGGGGUCAGGGAGCAGCAGAAGUAGUAGCGGGAAAAGAAUCCCCAAGCUCGCGCCAACGGGCCACCCGCCAGUGGUGUUAGUGACGGUGUUGGAUGAUAGGAAGUUUAGUAAGGGGUAUUUGGAGAUGGUGAAGGAGAAUCGGGAGAGGUAUGCUGAGAUGCAUGGCUACAAAACCUUCUUCCCCAGCGUCACAGACUACGACCUGGGCUCAGCGCCCAGCAGCUGGGCGCUCGUCCCGGCAAUCAGGCACGCGCUCACCACCUUCCCUAACUGUCGGUUCGUGUGGUACCUGGACCAGACGGCGCUGAUCAUGAACCCGAAGCUCAAACUGGACGAGCACAUCCUGGCGUCAGGCAAGCUGGACGCGCUGAUGAAGAAGGAUCACCCGGUCGUGCCGCCCGACAGCAUCAUCAAAACGUUUAGCCAUCUGCGCGCGCAGGAUGUGGAUCUUGUGGUGACGCAGGAUAAUGAGACACUCUCGCCGGGGAGUAUUGUCGUUAGGAAUGGUGACUGGGCGAGAUUUUUCCUGGAUACGUGGUUUGAUCCGAUCUAUCGGACGUAUAACUUCCAGAAGGCGGAGACCCAUGCUUUAGAACACAUCGUCCAAUGGCACCCGACCAUUCUCGCUCGCAUGGCUAUCGUCGACCAGCGCGUGAUGGGCUCGUAUGCAGAGCGCGCUCCAGGGCUGGAGGAGUGGCGCGAGGGUGAGCUUGUUGUGCGGUUCGGCCCGUGCAAAGGCGAAAGUGGCCCGCAGACAUGCGAGCAAACGGCGCAGCCGUAUAUCUCCAUGUGGAAGCAGGCAUUUGGGGUGUGA